CAGAGCUGGGCAUGGCCCAUGGGAUCGAGUGGCCAGAACUACACAACGUGAUUUUAGUUAGUUAGUUUGAAAUUUUCAGGAGUGAUAACUUGUGGCUGCAGCUAUGGGUAGAUCUAGAGUCUCCGGAUCCCUUCUGUUCGCCCUACUGGUUGGGUGCGUCUCCCUGAAACAGGCAACGGCAGUUGUGGAAGCAGACGAAGUGAAGAGUUUCCCUGGGUAUGGCGCACCCCCUACGAAGCAUUAUAGUGGGUACAUCACAAUUAAAGAAAGUACACACCGACGAUUGCAUUAUUUGUAUGUGGAGAGUGUUCAUCCCAAGACUGAUCCACUGGUGGUAUGGUUGCAAGGAGGACCUGGAUGCAGUUCCCUGAUGGGGUAUUUCACAGAGAACGGCCCCCUGUAUGUACACCCAGAUGGCAAAACCCUUUACCAGAAUCCAAACUCCUGGAAUUUAGUUGCAAACAUGCUGUAUAUCGAAGCUCCAGCGGGAGUUGGCUUCAGCUCUUCUGACUCCAAGAUGGAUUACGCAACGAACGAUAGUCGGACGGCCGAUGACAAUCUGAAAUUUCUGCUGGGUUUCUUUGAAGCAUAUCCAGAGUUGAGAAGUCGUGAUUUCUACAUUAGUGGGGAAUCAUAUGCUGGCAUCUACAUUCCAACGCUAUCGUACGACAUCCUAAAGCACAACGAGCAGGCUUCGGCUCAGGAGAAAAUCAACCUGCAGGGCAUACUGGUCGGCAAUGGCUGCAUUGGCGCCAAGGUCGGCGUUUGUGGACCAGAGCACGCGCUGGGUUACGCUGUGCCCUUCCUCUAUGCCCACGGUCUUAUUAGCAUGAAGGCAUGGAACGUCAUCAGGGAGAAGUGUGGUGCAUCAAAGAUCAUAAACACCACCGCAUGUGGCCAAGCCGUACAGAGUGCAAUGGCAACGACCGGUCCCGUGAACUCGCUAGAUAUCUACGGUAAUUGCUCGGAUGCCACUCGCCGAUCUGCGGAGCCACGUUUCUGGGUCGGAUCACGGGAACGACUGGGUGCAGAAGUUCACGAAUGCAUUGGCGGUUUGAACGUUGAAGCCUAUCUGCGAACUCCAGAGGUUAUGGACGCCUUGCAUGUGACCGAGCCGAAGUUUGCAGGCCCCUGGUCCAUGUGCAGCCCCUUCAUCGAGAUGAUGUAUACUCGCUCGGUUGCGUCACUACUUGACACUGUCUAUCCGGCGCUGAUCUCGCACUACCGUGUUCUUAUUUUCAAUGGUGAUGCCGACGCAGUCGUGCCAUACACCGAUAAUGAACAGUGGACCAGCGGCAUGGGGUACAAGGAGGUGGCACCCUUCCAGGCAUGGUUGGUGGACGGUCAGGUCGCUGGCUACAUUACCAGGUACGAGAAUGACUUCUCUUUCGCCACUGUAAAGGGAGCUGGCCACAUGGUGCCCCAGUUCAAGCCAAAGGCAGCACUGGCAUUGCUCACAAACUUCUUGUCCAACAAAUGAUGAAAUAGUCCACGCAUUUUACUAGAGGAAUUGUAAUUUAAUUAUUAUUCCCGUAGCUAUGCAGAAGACGUUACUUCAGUAACGUCUGGCGCUAGCCAGGGUCCACACAGCUUUAAUUUGGUGUUUGUUUGUGUGUUUGUUUGUUUGUGUCACGCCUGGCGCUAUCCGUAUCUGACGGCAAAAAAGCAUAGGAUGUUAUAAAUUUUUCAAUUCUCCUUUUUUUCAGGCAUAUCCUGGGAUUCGAACCCGCACUAUCGCCCUACAUGCAUUCCCCCAUACACUUCGCAUUCAUACCCAUUCUUCCAAGUUGCGUUACGUUAUUAUCUUGCUUUUGAAAGCCCUAUUUGAAUAUUGCGGGAAGCUGUAUGUGGCCAGCUGUGUUUGAUGGUACGGUACGGUACGGGAGACGGUGUCGUAUUACCCUCGAUCGUACCUGUCCCGUACCUAUCCCCUACCGUACCGUGCCAUCAAAGACGGCUGGCCACAAUGCAUAUAACUCAAAUAGGGCUUUCAAAUGCAAGAUCACAAUGUGAAACAACUUGGAAGAAUUAGUAUGUAUGCGAAGUGCAUCGGGGGAUGAAUGCAGGGCGCGCGAUAGUGCGGGUUCGAAUCCCAGGUUAUGUCUAAAUAAAAGGAAUUUUUGAAAGAAUUUAUAACAUCCCUAUGCUUUUUUUUUGUCUAGGUCAUCAAGGCAAAAAAGCAUAGCGUAGGGCCCUGAGCUUCCAAGCUCUCUCGUUUCAUGAAGUCACUGGUCUGUCUUUCUCCUCUAAGGAUUUAUGAGCAUCCAAUGCACAUUGAAUAUAUUCAUCUACUUUUAGUUUGGCUAUGAUGCAUAUUAGCUGUGCCAUCAACAAGGGAGAGCACAGAGAGACCGAAAUGGUUGACAAAAUCAUA